AAAGUUGAAAUAUUUAUGAGACGGAAGCAGCAGCAGAAACCGAAUUGAGGGUUGAAAUUCAAACAAAAAUCGUCCCCAAAUCGAAACCCUGAAUUGGAGGCGCAGACUAUUAUGGCGUCAGAGAACGGUUCUCGAUCGGGUUCUGCGGCAGAUUCCUAUGUAGGGAGCUUGAUAAGCUUGACCUCCAAGAGUGAGAUUAGAUACGAAGGAAUUCUCUACAACAUCAACACCCAAGAAUCCAGUAUUGGCCUCACAAACGUGCGAUCUUUUGGAACAGAAGGAAGGAAAAAGGAUGGUCCACAAAUUCCUCCUGGUGACAAGGUUUAUGAGUAUAUACUUUUCCGUGGGACUGACAUUAAGGAUUUACAGGUUAAAUCUUCUCCACCUGUCCAUCCUUCUCCACAAGAAAACAGUGACCCAGCUAUUAUUCAGUCUCAUUAUUCUCAUUCAAUCCCCACAUCUACAAAUUUACCUUCUGGUGUAAGUGGGUCUUUCCCUGAUCUCAAUUCUCAUACUCCACAACUCGGACUUCCUGGGUCAAGUUUUCAAGGUCCCUUACCUUUGUAUCAACCUGGAGGGAGCAUAGGGUCAUGGGGAGCUUCUCCACCUGCUCCAAAUGCAAAUGGUGGUGGGCUUGCUAUGCCAAUGUAUUGGCAAGGAUAUUAUGGUGCCUCCCCAAAUGGGCUUCCUCAUUUACACCAACAAUCCUUGCUUCGACCGCCACCUGGUUUAUCAAUGCCUUCAUCAAUGCAGCAGCCUAUGCACUAUCCCAAUUUUAGUCUCUCUUUACCGACUGUAUCUUCUAAUUUACCGGAACUGCCAUCAUCUUUGCUACCUUUGAGUACAAGUACACCUAGUGUAACAUCUGCUUCUUUACCUCUAUCAAAUUUUCCUCCUGCAGCUUCUGCUCUGACUCCUGAUCCUUCUGCUACACUAGCUUCUGAAGUUUUUCCUGUUUCAGCAACUAGCAAGUCACCAAUUAUUUCAACUUCAACAGUAGCACUAGCUGCUAGCUUACCAUCCAUGACUCCAUCGACCGAUUCUGGAGUGCAACCAAUCUCCAGCAAAACUAAUGUUAUUUCGAAUUCAAGUUUGCCAUAUCAAACUGUAUCCCAUUUUUCACCUGCAGCUGUUGGAUCAUCAAAUUCCAUCCGUACAGAGACACCAGGCCCUACUCUGGUUACCCCAGGUCAAUUAUUGCAGUCCGGACCAACUAUAGUUUCUUCUGCUCCGCCUUCACGAACACCGCACAAGGAUGUUGAAGUUGUUCAAGUAUCUUCCACAUCAUCUCCUGAGCAAUCUCUGGCAAUUUCUACUGAAACUAAACCACCAAUACUGCCAUUGCCAGUGACUUCUGGGCCCAGUCACAGGUCUGGCAGAGGUCCUAUGCAAACUCAUCAUAAUGGAUAUAGUUAUAGAGGACGUGGAAGAGGAAGAGGAACCGUGGGUUUUCGCCCAGUCACAAAAUUCACUGAGGAUUUUGAUUUCAUGGCAAUGAAUGAGAAGUUUAAAAAGGAUGAAGUCUGGGGUCACCUUGGUAAAAGCAACAAGUGUAUUUCAAAAGAUAAAGACGGGGAAGAAAAUGCUUUUGAUGAGGAUUAUAGUUUAGAUGAAGAUAAUGACAACUUAUCUAAUGUUGAGGUUAAGCCUGUUUAUAACAAGGAUGAUUUCUUUGACUCGCUCUCUUCGAGCGUGCUUGAUAAUGCUUCGCAGAAUGGAAGAACUAGAUAUUCUGAACAAAUUAAAAUUGAUACAGAGACGUUUGGUAAUUUUUCGAGGUAUCGGGGUGGCCAGAGAGGUCGUGGUGGACGUAAUCGAGGUGGUUAUUAUGGAAGAGGCGGAGGGUAUGGCUAUUCUGGAAGAGGAAGAGGACAUGUCGGCAUGCCCCAUCGCAGUUCCUAGGUUGCAGCUAGGUUUUAUCAUGUCAUAGUGGAGAACAAGAACUGAAGCAGCUUUUCAUUAAAGAGUUGGAGGCCAUGCUACUUUGUUGUAUUUGAUGUAUCAUUUUCAUAAAAUAAGUUUGACAUUAUUUUUUAUCAUGGUACAUACCAGUCAGUUACUACCUUGUCAGUAAAUUUUACCAACUAAAAUUGCAUCAGUAAAAAAGAAGAAAGAUUAUUACAGUAAAAA